ACCAUAAAUUAGUUAUAGGAAAAAAAUGGUAAUAAAAGACGAAGAAGAAAGAGAGGGAAAAAUAGUUCCAAAAAUGGUGGCUAUAUCGCUCUACAGAGGAAACCUUCACAGAGUUCCUGACGUCCCUCGCCGAUGGCUUAUGCCAACCCCUCAAAUCUCCCUCAAAGACUUCAAACUUCUCUUAUCUCGUCGCUCCAAAGCCCUCUCUCGCCUCCAUUCCCCCACCACCGCCACAACCAACGCCACUGCUACCUCCUCUAACCCUAAUCCUAGCCCUAACCCUAACCCUAACCCUAGCCCUAAUCCUAAUCUCUACAUUAAUCUUAAUUUAUCUUCGGAUCAGCAAAAUACAGCAUCGAAUGGGGCUCCUGGCGAUUCCCUUCCCGAGGCUCAAGUGAAUUUGGAGAAGGUUUCUGUUGAUUUGGGUGAAGGGCCGUCCGAUGAAAUUAAGGUUGAAGUAAAUCCGAAUCUUGAUGGGUCUUCAGAGAAACCUACUGAAGGUCCUGAUACGUUGUCUGGUCCUAAAUCUAAUGAGCCUGAGGGAGGUUGUGAUCCGAUUGACGAGGAUGGUGCCAAACCAGAGCCAAUUCAGGUUGAGAAAGUGGAUGAUGGUUCCAAAACAGAGGAAAUUCAGGUUGAGAAAGUGGAUGAUGGUGUGAAACCAGAGGAAAAUCAGGUUGAGAAAGUGGAUGAUGGUGCGAAACCACAGGAAAUUCAGGUUGAGAAAGUGGAUGAUGGUGCACAACCACAGGAAAUUCAGGUUGUGAAAGUGGAUGAAGUUGCCGAACCCAUUUCUGAGACUAAAAAGAAUGAGGAUAUGCCGAAUGAUAAACUUAACAGGAAGAAGGAGGUUGAGGAGAAGUUGGAAGUUUUGAAUAACAAGAAACAUAAUCUGGUACAAGUACUCAAGCAGAUUUUAAAUGCAGAGGAAGAAUUGAAAAGACGGAUUAGUUUGCAAGGGUCAGGGACUCCUCGUCCAGCCGCCCCUCUUCAAGUGGAUGUCAACAUUGAUUCUGUAUCGAUGACUAGAAAUGUUGUUUCUAGGACAGGCUCAGAGCCAAAUAAUAGUGGUGAAGCUGAAGCAGGAGAAACUGAUGCUUUUUCGAACCAUAACUUCCCUACUCGUCAGAUAUCCCGUAUGAACAGUAUAUCACCAUCGUCUGAGUCUCCUAUUCGAAGGCCUCCAUUCGUUCAACAUAAUGUGGCACCUUAUUCAACUCCUCGAACAAGUUUAGGACCAACUAGUAGUCCAUCCCCAUCGCGCUUUUCUCCCAUUGUACACCAGGGUCCUCCUACAAAUCUUCCUACACUUUCAGUUACAGGUACUAAUUAUAUAGCAUCAUCCCCGUCUCCUGCAGCAUCUGGUGGUACUUCUGCCUUUAAAGAUUCUCGGUUGCCAAGUCCAUGGAAUUAGAAUAACUAUGCUUGUUUCAUUCUUGAAGAAUGCCUGAUAACUAGGCCAAGUGUGCUUAGAUCCUUCUUCCUCUUUUGAGUAAGGUAACUCUGAGCCAUUCAUUGUAUAUCUGUAGGAGAUUCAUAUCUCCCUCUCCCAGGGUAUGAUUCUGUAAAGUGAAGAAUUAUAAAAACGUUAAACUGCUUUGAAAAAUUCCUCUUCAUUUAUGGUUUGAAAAUUCAUUUUUAUAAUUGGUAACUAAAGCAGUAGCUGUGAUUGUGACAUAUUAAAGAAAACGUUAUCUGCUUUGUUCAAAAUAAAACUGUGUCGGUCGAAAUUUAAUACAUAUUCUCUUCUAUCAA